AUGACAGAUUAUAGUGUUAUUGUCAUUGGAGCGGGAAUCUCUGGGUUAAAAGCUACCAGCGAUCUGGUCAAGAGUGGUAUAGAAUCGGUGAUUUGCAUCGAAUCACGUGAUCGUGUCGGAGGUAGGCUGAAUACCAGACAAGGUCGCAAUGGCAAGUACGAUAUUGGCGGGUCUUGGCAUCACGAUACUUUGAGCAAUGGUUUGUUUAUGGAAGAAAUGUCGUUGCCCGAGAGCGAAAGGGCAGGGUUUGUAUUCGAUGAUGAGGACAGGGCAUGCCUCGUUGAUAAAAAAUUAGGAGUUCUUGAAGUGGAUCAGUUGGAAUGUUUAGCAUAUGAAUUUGAGAAAUGGGUCGAGAUGAGAUAUUAUGAUUCACUUGACGUAGAAGACGUGUCUUAUUUUCAACUUUGUAUCGAAUUCUGUUUCAGUAGAAAAGAAUUUUUGACCGAUGAACAGCUCUACCAUUUACCACAAUUGUUAAGAUACAUGGAAUUGUGGCAUGGUGUUGAUUGGUAUGCACUAAGUGGGAAGUGGUCUGGGAUUGAACACAAUGGAAGAAAUGCGUUAGUUUUACACUAUGACAAAAUUUUGGCUAGAAUUUCGAAUCCAGUCAAGGAUAAGAUCCAUUUGAGCGAAUCUGUGAACCUGAUUAAGAAAUUGUCAAAUGGGAAAUAUCAAGUCAACACUGACAAGGGUAAAUAUUUGUGUGAUUAUUGCAUUGUAACAGUACCACAAUCUGUGUUGGCCAUAUCUUGUGAGCAGGAGGAGAAUGAAUUUUCUCAUAUGAGGAAAGCUCGUAUCGGGUUUGAACCUCCAUUGAAUGGGGAUAUAUUCGAGGCAAUAACUACGAAGGCGUCAUUUGGGUCUCUGGGUAAAGUUAUAUUUGAAUUCGAUUCCAUCAAAUGGUCCAAAACUAGUGGAAGAAUAUUGACGGUGCAUGAACAACCAACGGAUUUUGUCGAAUCCAUUAGAUCAGCUAAAGAUCUCAAAACCUUGUUAAAAGAUAUCGAACAAAAAUUGCCAAGAAGUCAUGAAGAUAGUUGGAAAAAUCCAACAUGUUUCUUGAACUUAGCCAAGCAUACUGAUACUGCUUCUUUUGUUGCCUUGAUUCAACAACCAGUAACUGAAUAUAUUGAAACUUUGACAACAGAAGAAGUAGAAGAAUUCUUCAGACCUGUACUUAAUAAGUUGCUUAACUCUUUGGGUUCGAGUGAUUACAUAUCAGACUUAAACGAUGAAGUCAAAGAAUCAAAAACUCCAAUAUUGAAGAAUAUUUUAACUAGUAAUUGGUCUUCUGAUCCCUUCUCUCUUGGUGCAUACAGCGCCUGUCAACCAGGUGAUGACCCUAUGGACUUAGUGAUUGCUUUGAACGUUGGACAAGGUAAUUUGAGGUUUGCUGGAGAGCAUACGAUAAUGGACGGUGCUGGAUGUGCGUAUGGUGCUUGGGAAAGUGGUAAACGAGAGGCCAAUUAUAUUAUUGAAAAACUAUUUACAGGAUCAGAUUAUUAA